AUGUCGUCGCUUUGGGAUACGUUUUCUGGACGCAAGUCUGCUCAGAAGGAGACGGGCGCCUCGCAGAGCCCCGCGCCAUCUCAAGCACCCACCACCCUCCAGACAGCGCCCACCCAUUUCGACCCGUCAGCAGGAUCUGGUGUCGAGUCUUUCCUCCAGAGCUCUGCCUUUGCAGACCCCGCACAACUACACCCCCUGUCCGGUCUGAACAAGGACACUCUCGAAUACCUCUCUCUCGAAGAUGCCGCUCUGAACGAUGUGCCCGGCGGCCAGUCCGUUCUCCCCUCCCGAGGCUUUACGGAUGAUCUCUGCUACGGAACCGGUGUCACAUACUUGGCGGCCUUGUCGAUAGGAGGAGCCUGGGGUCUGCAGGAGGGCCUCAGGAGGUCUGCGAACCAGCCUCCGAAGCUGCGUCUGAACUCGGUUCUCAACGCCGUCACCCGCCGUGGUCCCUUCCUCGGCAACUCGGCCGGUGUGGUCGCCAUCACCUACAACCUCCUCAACUCCAGCAUCGGCUACUUCAGAGGGAAGCACGAUGCCGCGAACUCCAUUUUGGCCGGCGGAUUGAGCGGGAUGGUUUUCAAGAGCACACGAGGUGUGCGGCCCAUGUUGAUUUCUGGUGGUAUUGUGGCCUCCGUAGCCGGUGCCUGGGCUGUUAUUCGCCGAACUUUCUUCGCCAUCCCUGAACCCACGGCUUCAGAGCAUGCCCAUUUGUAA